CAUUUGACAGCUCGGAUUUGGCCGUGUUGUUCGUGCUUUUUUUCUAAAAACAAAUCGAAAAACCCGGCGGCGAGUGAUCGCGAAUUCAGGAUUUUUGGUGCCCCUUAAAAGCUAUACCGUCGUGAAAUAGAAAAUCAUCCUUCGACAACAAAAACGGAGCUGUGUCGAAACGACAACGAGCAACAAUACCGGCAAACACCACCUCCGUAGCGAAAGAUGGCCUUCAGCUUCCCCGCAUUCAGCUAUAUCGUAGCGCUGAUUAUCGAUGCGUUUCUCAUCUUUUUCUCGAUCUUUCACGUGAUUGCCUUCGACGAGCUGAAGACGGAUUACAAAAAUCCCAUCGAUCAAUGCAACUCGCUUAACCCGCUCGUCCUGCCCGAGUAUGCGCUACAUCUGCUGUUCAAUCUCCUCUUUCUGUUUUCGGGCGAGUGGCUCUCGUUGGCCCUCAAUAUUCCCCUUAUCGCGUACCACGUUUGGAGGUAUGCGAACCGACCAGUCAUGUCCACGCCAGGGCUGUACGAUCCUACCAGCAUCAUGAAUAAUGAUGUGCUGCGAAGCUGCCAACGGGAAGGCUGGAUCAAGCUGGCCCUCUACCUGUUAUCCUUCUUUUACUACCUCUACGGUAUGAUUAUGUCGCUUAUCGCUUCAUAAGAGCUACUUCGGCAAACCGAAAGCAUCCCAAGGGCCUGCACUCAGCCUACCAUUUCGGCAUACCCCAUGGCAGCGAGUGUUAAUCGGAAUGUAAGCAAGGAGAAAAAUGUACCAAACAAGAGAUCAUCUGUCGUUGCCAUUGAUGAAAAGUAAUUGCGGAGAAAUCUACUUUUCGGUUUAGUCCGGUAGACGGGUUAGAGAUCGUAUCUACCAUGCAACUGGAAAACCGUGAGCGUUUCUCAUUCUCGUAGCGCAUACCUAGGAUCAUACCAUUACUAAGCACGUUGCACCGCAUCGGCUCCGACGUCCGCUCGCUCGCUCGUUCGAUGUGUGGGGAAGACUUAUUUAUUCCGUUCAUUUGCUGAUCGUUUUCAUCAACGUCAGUGCUCCUCAAUCAUUGUCCCUAUGGUGCUAUCGCAGGGACGAAAACAAGUCUAACAUGGUGACGAAGAGAUAAUCGACAAGGUGAUGAAGAGAUAAAAGAAGGCAGGUAGACAAUUAUUAUGAUUAAACCAUUCGUUUUGUAUCUGAAUAAAUUUCAUUUCCACAACUAAAAC